AGAGAGAGAGAGAGGAGGCAGCCAGCAACAUGUAGCCUCGAGUGGAGGAAAGGUCCAAACUGUGAGUGCGCGUUAUUUUUCUUCUUCAGUCUGAGACGAGGAGGAAGAGGAAGAGGAGGAGGAGACGAGGGGAGUGUGAGAGGUUUUGGUCUCAUCCCGGAGAGGACGUUACCCCGCAACAGUCGAAUCGAUCCGGCUCUAUGCCGCAGGAGAUGUCCAGCGGAGGGAUGGACGGAUGGAUUGUGGUGCACGGAGAGAAGGAGACGUGGAGAAGAGAAGAAGAAGAGGAGGAAGGAGAAGAGUGUCGGGCUCCUGAACACACGUCGCCUCUCCUCAUCAGGUGAAGCACCGUGAGCUGUCCUCCCUUCUCCCCCUCAGACGUCACCCAUUGUCCCCGCAUCCCCACACCCCACUCGGCCUCACCUGUCGAACCCCCAUCCGACAGCGGCCACUGGUCCUGCCUUUACCCCAUGGUGGCCCCAAGGCCUGCCCUCUCACUGCUAUUGGCGAUCCUGGCCUGCACGGGGCCCGCACGCCCCUCGCCCCCCCUGCUGCUGCGGCCCCGGGAGAGAGAGAGGGACUCGGGUGGGGUCAACAUCGCCGUGGUCCACUCGGGCUCCUCCCUACUCCCGGAGACAACCGGAGCGGUGGGAGGCGCGGGGGUCGGCCAGCCGGGGCCGGGGCCAGGGCUGGGGCCCGGUCCGGGGAGCGGUCCGGGGGGAGGAGGAGGAGUAGGAGGAGGAAGGGGAGUGACGGACACAGCUGCGUUGGCCGGAGUGGCUGCGAUGGCCUCGUUGUCCUCCUCCCUGUCGUCCUUGUCGCUGGCGGCGCUCGUGGGGGAGACGGUGAUGACGCCGUCGGGUCAGGCCAAUGUCAUCUACCUGACUGUGAACGAGAGCAGCCCGGGCAGCCUGCUGCUGCAGCUGUGUGAGCUGCUGGCCACCACACCACUGCAGGGUUUGGUAUUUGAGGAGGAGAGGCCGCCGCCGCCGAACCGCGCCCCCCUGGCCCCCAUGCUGGAGUUCGUCUCUGCGCAGACGGGGGUUCCCGUGGUCGCCGUCGGGGGAGGGGCCAGUCUGGGACGAGAGCCACAGGAGAGCGGCUCCAUCUACCUCCAGUUCACCUGCGCCACCUCGCUGCAGCUGGAGGUCAUCUUCGAGGUGCUGGAGGAGUACGACUGGACCUCCUUCUCCGUGGUGACCACCCGUCACCACGGCUACGAGGACUUCCUGGCCAUGGUGGAGGGCAUGACGGACGGCUCGUUCAUCGGCUGGGAGAAGAAAAGCGUGGUGGUCCUCAACGUGACGGACGACCCCGGCGGGGCGCGAACCAAGCGGCUGCUCAAAGACAAUGAAGCCCAGGUGCGUCUGCUGUACUGCUCCCUGGAGGAGGCCGAGCUGGUUUUCCGGGCGGCCUGGGCGGCGGGUCAGGCCGGCCCCAGUCACAUGUGGUUCGCCGUGGGACCCGCCCUGUCCGGUCUGGGCCUGGAGGGGUUGCCCAAGGCCUUGUUCGCCAUCCGGCCGCAGGGCUGGAGGGACGAGCCGCGCAGGCGAAUUGCCAAGGGCGUCUCUGUGCUCACCCACGGGGCCAUGGCUCUGCGGCGGGACCUGGGGGCCAGCAGCCGCUCGCAGUACGCAGGGAACUGCCAGAGCGACGGCAACCAGACCCACCGGGUGACCGACAGGAUCAGGUACUUCACCAACAUCUCCAUCGGUGGGCGGGAUUACUCCUUCAACAGCGACGGCUACCUGUCCAACCCGCUGCUCGACGUCAUCUCCUACACCAACGGCAGAGGCUGGGAGGAGGUGGGCUGGUGGGAGAACGGUCACCUGCGUCUACGUUACCACCCCUGGUCCCGUUACGGCUCCUUCCUGAAGCCUCUGGACGACUCCCAGCACCUGCGGGUGGUCACCCUGGAGGAGAGGCCCUUCGUCAUCGUGGAGCCCGCCGACCCCGGCACCAGCUCCUGCAUCCGGGACUCGGUGCCCUGCCGCAUGCCCGUGAACACCAGUUUGGUGGUGGACGGCACCGGGCCCAUGAAGCACUGCUGCAAAGGCUUCUGCAUCGACGUCCUCAAGCGCCUGGCCAAGAUCGUGGGCUUCACCUACGACCUCUACCUGGUGACCAACGGCCGACACGGCAAGAACAUCGACGGCGAGUGGAACGGCAUGGUCGGAGAGGUGGUCUCCAACAGGGCGGACAUGGCCAUCGGCUCCCUCACCAUCAACGAGGAGCGGUCGGAGGUGGUGGAGUUCUCCGUCCCCUUCGUGGAGACCGGCAUCAGCGUCAUGGUGUCGCGCAGCAACGGCACCGUGUCGCCUUCCGCGUUCCUCGAACCCUACAGCCCGGCCGUGUGGGUGAUGAUGUUUGUGAUGUGCCUGUCGGUGGUGGCUGUCACCGUCUUCAUCUUUGAGUUCUUCAGCCCCGUGGGAUACAACCGCAGCCUGCAGAGCGCCAAGAAGUCAGGUGGGUCCAAGUUCACCAUCGGGAAGUCGGUGUGGCUGCUGUGGGCGCUGGUCUUCAACAACUCCGUGCCCGUGGAGAAUCCCCGAGGAACCACCAGCAAGAUCAUGGUGCUGGUGUGGGCUUUCUUCGCCGUCAUCUUCCUGGCCUCCUACACCGCCAACCUGGCCGCCUUCAUGAUCCAGGAAGAGUACAUCGACACGGUGUCAGGGCUGUCGGACAAGAAGUUCCAGCAGCCGACCGAGCAGUACCCGCCGCUGCGCUUCGGCACGGUGCCGAACGGCAGCACCGAGGAGAACAUCCGCUCCAACUACCCCAACAUGCACCAGUACAUGAUCCGCAACAACCAGAAGGGCGUGGAGGAGGCCAUCGACAACCUGAAGACCGGGAAACUGGACGCCUUCAUUUAUGACGCGGCGGUGCUGAACUACAUGGCCCGGAAGGACGAGGGCUGCAAGGUGAUGACCAUCGGCUCGGGCAAGGUGUUCGCCACCACCGGCUACGGCAUCGCGCUCAACAAGAACUCCCGCUGGAAGCGACCUCUGGACCUGGCUCUGCUGCAGCUGGUGGGCGACGAUGAGAUUGAUAUGUUGGAGCGUCUCUGGCUGUCGGGGAUCUGCCACAACGAUAAGAUCGAGGUGAUGAGCAGUAAGCUGGACAUCGACAACAUGGCGGGGGUCUUCUACAUGCUGCUGGUGGCCAUGGGCCUCAGCCUCCUGGUGUUUGCCUGGGAGCAUCUGGUGUACUGGAAGCUGCGGCACUGCGUGAAGCGAUCUGGAGGGAUGGACUUCCUUCUGGCUCUCAGCAGGGGAAUGUACAGUUGCUGCCAGUUUGAGGAUGAGACGGGACCAGGAGGCAGCAAAAGCUCUCUGCCCCAGUAUCACACCAUGACCACCAUGCCUGCUGCCGCCCAACAACACCUUGUGACAGCCACGAUAAACAACACUGCUGCCAUUGCCAUGGUCCAGCAGCAACAGCAGCAGAAGCACCACCAGCAGCAGCAACAAGGGCAGACCUAUACCACCAUGCUACCCGGAUCACCGCCAACUACAGGACACUCAGCAAUGGCUCUGGGUCCAUCAAAUAGCCCCUUGCUGGAAGGCCCCAUGCCAUGCUCCACUUUCUUGCCUCGCCAUGACCGCAGACUCGCGGUGGUGGAUCGCUGGAACAGGCCUAAGCCAGAAAAAGUCAUGAGUGGAGGCAGUGGUGGAGGUGUGGGCAUUGGGGGAAUUGCAGGGGGAAUAACAGAACUCCAGGCCCAGCAGCAACAGUACCAGCAAAAUCUUGGGCAGCACUGGAGCCUGCAAGGUGGAGUUGCAGGUGGAGUAGGGGGAGGAGGUGACACAGGGCUAGAUGAAUAUAAGCGCUACUAUGGUCCUAUAGAUCCAGAGGGGCUAGGGACUAACUUGGACCAGCAGGCAGUGGGCCCCCAACAAACUCCCAAAGCUAAUCCUCGAGGCCCCAAAGCCUCAGGAAUUCCACGGUUGCCUGCCAAAGGCCCCCAACAAGGCCCAACCCACUUAAUCCCCCAACCCCCUCCACCAAUCCCAUCUUCUCCUCGAAGGCCUCCCUUUUGGCGACGAGGAAGCCUAGCUCAGGCAAGGAGAAAGGGCUCAGGAGGUCCCCUGUAUGAGAAUAUACUCCCUCUGGGGAGGCGAGGUGGUGGGAGGUAUGGAGCAAGUGAUGGAGGCGGAAGAAGAGGCAGACGUCCUCCUCCACCACCUCCUCUGCCUGUCCCGCUUUCCUCGCCAACGCAUACACCCACCACUCCCUCCUCCCCAUGCCGUUUCUAUUCCUCUUGCUCUAGUGCCUCAUCUUCUUCCACUUCCUCCACAUCAUCGUCGUCGUCAUCGUCAUCCUCUGUCUCGCUCUCUCGGUCAAAUUCUCCCUCUUCUUGCUCCAGUGACAGCUCAUACAAUUCCUCACUGAGUUUCCGGUAUCGAGCAGGCGAUCGAGAUUUUAUGGCGGAAGAUGAUUAUGACUCAGAUCUGCUUACAGAGGAGUCCAGCCUCCUCCUGGGGUCACGGAGGAAGAUUCGUUCACGCCGCAUGUCAUCACGCUCUUUGCCAUGCAGCCCGCCACCUCCACCAAUCCCUCCACGGAAACCACGUCCUCAGAAAGAUUAUGGCAGAGAGAGGACUGGCAGCCAGCUCACUCAAUUACAGGAGUGGUGGGCAUCAUGGGGAGACAGGGAACGAGGGAAGGGAGGGACAACAAGCCGGGGAGAUGGAGGAGUAAGUAGGGAAGAGAAGAGGCACCACAAAGAGAGGGAACGUGAAAGGAAAAGAAGGAAGAAGGGCCGAAAGAAGAAGAAGAGGGAGGAGAGGGAAAGAGAACGGGAGCGAAAGCGACGUAAAGCAAAGAAGAAGAGGAAGAAAGAUGAUAAGAGUAGGAAGAGAGAACGAAAGAGGUCAGAGCAGGAGGGAGGAGAUCCUGAAAAAAGAGAGGAAAUCAAAUCAGGGACACCAGACUUCCCAUCAUACCCAUCUCUGAGGCGGGAGUCCUUUCGGAAAAAGAGUGAGAGCUCAAUCAGAAGCUAUGGAUGGAACAUCCCAGGUGAAGAUGAGAGGAGGGAAAGGGAAGAGAAAGAGAGGGAUGAUGGGGAGGACAGCAGAGGAAAGGAAAAGCACCUCCGGCGAAGGAACAGCAAGCACUAUCAGGGCUCUAGCAGUAAGCCUUUGACAUCUGUCAAGUUCUGGGGAGGGGGCAACCCAUCCUCUGACACUAUUCCAUCUGCCUUCCUGCCCUUGUUGCCUGUUACCUCUAAAAGGAGGAAGAGUAAAAGUUCCGACAGGGAUGCUGUCAAAGUGGAAGGAGAGAGGAGGCCUUUGUUGGAAAGGGACGGAAGAGGUGAGAUGCAUUCCAAAGAGGGGUUGUCCUUUCAUGAGUGGGAGUCUGAACAAGAGGAUGAGGAAGAGGAUUCUGAGCAAGAGAGGAUGAAAGCAGAGCGUGGGAAGCGGCGUGGCGCACGAAGGACAAUGUCCGAUGAGGAACGGGAACGUGAUAAGGUAGUUGGGAUAUAUUCUGAUGAUGAUGGUUCUUCUGGAGAGUUUGGAAAGUUUGAGAGGUACUGGGAGGAUCAUGAAGGUAGAGCGGUAGGGGGGAUUGGAGGGGGAGGUUGGUUUUUCAGCACCUACCCCUCCAGGGACAAAGUCGGAAGCAUCAACAGUAGAGAUGACCUGUUCCUGGAGCGAGGAGAGCGAUGGGGGACAGCAGAGAUUGGGUGGGGGUCUAGUGGUGGUGGAGGAGGAGGAGGAGGAAAUGGAGAAGAGAGGGGUUGGGGAUCAGGAUCGCACUGGCCCCCUCCUCCUCUCACGCCACCACCUCCUCGGCGAUACUGGUCAGUGGACAAACUCCACAUACAGGAUGAAAAGAAGAGUAAACGCAAGUCAAAAGACAAGGGGAGAGGGCACACAGCGUAUUCCUCCUGUCAUUCCCCGCGGCACCAUCCGCACUCCCAUUCAUCAAAAUGGGCCCGCGUAACAUCGCGAAGCCAGGAAGAGUUGUACCGCCACUGCCAGAGUUUUGGUGUUCCCCUGAAGCCCAAACAUGACUCCUCCUCCUCCUCCAAACCCGAUCGCUCACAGAAUCCAUCUAAAUCUGGCAGUCAGUUAAACCUCAGUAUCCAGCAGCGGACACAGAGAACAGAUAGGGAUCGAGGAAGGCAACCAUCCCCACCCCCGACCCUAAUACCUAACUUGCCACCCUCGCUCCCUGCCCUUCCAGCUCCUCCGUCCUCAUCUCACUCUAUCCAUGUUCCUCCCCCUACCUCUUCUUCGUCUGUAUCAUCUCCCUCAGUGGUCUCAUCAACCCCAGGGGCGCCCCAGUCCUCCUCCAUGGCUUCGGCAAGUGCCAAACUGCAGUACCAGAGAUUGCGUUCUGUACCCCAGCCCCAGAGGUUUCCUCAGUCUCCUCACUUACCACUUAAAGCCAAGAGCCUUUGCUCCCGAAGGGGCUCAGCCCAUUUCUCCAGUGUGGAGAGUGAGGUCUGAUGUUCAGCAAGACAUUAAAAGUCAUGAGAGACCCCUCAAAACUGAUACUCAGUUGGUGAUCUGGAUCAGAAUCUGCCCGGUAGCUAACAUGGCUAUCCUGCCAAGUUGGUACAGUAUACGCACUGAGCCCUUUCCUAAAGUUCUGCACAAACAAACAAACCAGAAAGCCAAACACACCCAGGGGGGUGGGUCGAAGGAAAGCUGGAGCAAUCCUCACCUGACUGUUGUUAUCUUUCAUUCCUCUGAGUAUGUGAAAGACUACAACAACAGCAACAUUGUAUUCUGAACUCGGUUAACCAAUACACUUAAAGUGGUACAACUAAAAGAGAUCCCUUUGCUUUGGAUGUUGAAGCAGAGCAGUAGUUUGUAUUCAGAGGAUUCUUAAUGCUAACUGAGGGCUCAGGAACUUUGUAGUACUGUAUGCCUGCUGCUGCUCUCGGAAGCCUUUAACACAGAACAGUGUUGUUGUUUUUUUUUGCUUAAAUAAAUCGCUUACCCCUACUUUCCUUUUUCCUUAACAAACUGUUUACACCCCCGCAGAACUGUGAUGCCCGCCCAAGGCACUUUUGUUUUGUAUGAUCAACACCUUCUUAUCUGGAGGGAGAAGAGGGUGACAGCCACUUUGUCUUCUCUUUGUUAUCCAUGCACGUUUUUUUCCUCCUAUGUUUCCCCUCGUUUUUCUCUCCUCUAUACCCCUUAUUCGCUCUUUCUUUGAGGUUUUAUUUUGUGCUCUACCUCCUUUCACACCUUAUUUGCGUGUCUAUCUUGUCAUCUCCUUUCCUGGACUCCCCUCUUGGCUCCACUCCUUGAUGUGAUUAUUCUGUGUCUGUGCUUUUCUGUGUUUGUAUUCUUGACGACAGGGUAAGUCAACUAUGACUGAUAUUCUACUGGGUUAAUGAAAAGCUGCGUGCCAAACCUAAGUAGAGCUCGACAUCAACCUGUACCACGUUAGCUGCUGUGUUUUCCUUUAUCUCGCAGAGUAUUCCGUCAUCUCCCAAAUAUGUGCACAUGCAAACACACACACACCUAAAAGUGCACACAAACACUUGCAUUCGUGCAAGGGCAAGAGCACCUAAUAAGUCAAUCCAUUGAUUCUCUUUCUUGAGCAAUACAUUUUUCACCCUCUGGUUCAUGUUCAAAUUUUAUACUUUUAAACCUUUGUUUGACGUCUGUGUUGUUGGAGUUCUUGUUGUUGUUAUCGAUGGUGUUCUGUAUACCAAGACAUGGUCUAAUACGAUUUUAGCACUGUGCCAGUCUACUCAAUUUUGGGUGCACAUGAAAAGUCCUCUCAACUACCUAACUUCGACAAUGGAGGCGGCGCCUGUUCCCUCCCUGCAUUUGACUGAAUGUAAAGACAGCCGACCGCGAGUCAACAAGUGUGCUGCUGCAACAACAAUCAAGACACUUGAGGAUGGGAAUUUGUAGCAAUUCUGACGGUUAGUUGACUUCAGUUUGUUGUCAGCUGUGAACAACAGUAUGCUAACCCUGCAGGGUAAGUCAGCAGUAGUUGCUGAAUGAUUAAAUCUUUCAAUCUUUUAAAAGGGAUUUUAUCUUUGUGCUUGUUUUCAGAGGUCCAAUUGGCACCAUGGCUAGAACACAGCAAAUAUUUGCAAAACUAACCAAACCAGGUUUGCUUGCAAUCGAACAGGAGAUGUGUGACUAACAUGCUGGGUGGAGCUAUACUGUUGUGUUAGACAAGGUGUAAGAAGUUGCAGGGAAAUAAAUACUAAGAGCCUUAUGCUAAUUGCUCCUGCCAUAUGGGUUGUGUAACGUAUGACAAUGAAAGUAUGCGUUUUCAUUCUCAUGUCUGGGCUUAGCCUCAUGCUAACAAGACAGGUCUUUUGGUUGGGGAGGAAUUUGCUUGAUGCAAAGUUAGAUCUCGUGUGAGUGCCGUUCUUGAUGUCAAAGAGACUGUGCCUAUGUCGGAUGCUAGCUAGUGGAUGAUGCAGCGUGGAGAAGAAGUGCUGACUCUGAAUGGUGGUAUAUGAAAGCCACAGUGCC